GCGGAACACGUUGGAGGUCAAGGAGUUCAAGAUUCGAUGUUGCCAUAGAACUCAAGAUCUUCGCAGUGAUCAGACUACCUCGACGGAUGUAUACUAUGCUGUAUUAUAUAACGAGGGGUAUGGUUUAUGUCACCCUCCAUAUCACUUUACCGGUUACUUGUUCCUUCUAUCAACUGCCCCCAUGUCUUCUUCACCAGACCCCGCUAAAGUCGAGGCGAACGUGUUUCAAUAUCUUGAUGCUCAGUUGAACUCAAAGGUCUUAUACGCACUAUUAUAUGGCAUAUACACUGGUAUUCUUGCUGUCACACUGUGGAAUAUAUUCAUCAACAAAUGUUGGCCCAUCCGACGAGCAUUAGUUGUAGUUGUCAUUCUUCUACAUGCUCUGACUACCGUCGGUUUUGCUGCCGAAUGGCAGUAUUUGCGCUCUGCAUUCAUCGACAAUGGGCAAAAUUUUAUGACCAUAUAUUUGACGCUUAACAGUGGUGCCCAAGCGGCCUCUUGGGUGACAGGUAUCGCGGCCUCCAUCACUUCUAUUCUCGCAGACUUAAUAUUAAUUUGGUAUUGCUGGAUGAUUUGGGGGCGGCGUUGGCUGGUUGUUCUGCUUCCAGUCCUUUUCCUGAUUUCCGCGAUCGUGUCAAGAAUAACAGAAACAUAUCGCGAAUUCCUCCAAGUAUCCCUCGAAGUAUUUCCUACGUUCUAUAUAUCCUUCACCCUGGGAACGACAUUAUCAUGCACCUUGCUCAUCGUUUGCCGCAUUUUGACUGUUGCAGGGACUAAGCGUAGAACAGAAGGGCGAUUGGGAGUUUAUCGUCGUUUCGUUGAAGUGCUGGUCGAAUCCUCAGCUAUCUAUUCAAUAUCUUUGAUCCUAUAUUUGGCUUUCACGAUUCAUAACGAUGGGGAAAUCUAUUAUCUUGAUGUCAUAGCUGCCAUCGCAAAGGGAAUUGCUCCAACGCUCCUCGUAGGACGCGUCACGGCCGGGCGCCGGGCUCGCCCAGGCGAUUCCUGGCAGGGAAGCGUGAUGGCAUCCGCUUCAAUUAGGUCGCAGUCGCAAGAUCCCAACCGGACGAGCUUCCAGGAAGAUGGCCGGACAAGUCUAAUCCUUGAUGGUGACCUGGAAGCCCAACGUGAGAUGUUUGUCAGGGUGAACUAAUCUGCUCCUGUUGCCUCUGUCCCGCACUGAAACAAGAUUUUUACUUCUUAGGAACCUUCUCCAGCACGUCGCUCUCUCUGCCUUGUGGCCAAUAAUGCCACGGACUACCCAAACACUGAUGCUCCGGGGAGUGUAAUGUCCUCGCCUCACUCAGGUCAUUGCCCGCUCAGCCUGGAUGACAGUUAUACUCAGCCGAGCGCUGUUGAGCAUGUUACCCGCGGUCCUACCGUAGUUAACGAGGGGCUUCGGGUCGAUGAAACGUUACGGGCAGAUGGUCAGCCCUUGAUGUCGGAAACACGGUUGGUGCCUG